CGGAUGUGAAUCUAACUAGCACUGUGCUUUCCGCGAUACAUGCAUAAUUUAACACUGAACAAUUUAUGCAUUUAUAUUAUUGCAUUGGUAUUAUUGUUGCGCCAUGAAAUGCGUGUGUUUCCACAUAUUCUGCGCAGUAACAAUCAGCUCGUGCAGUGAUAAUUUUUAUACCAUCUCGCUAAACGACAACACCGCCAUCGAAAAGUGUGAAGCUUUUCCAUCCUAUUCUUGCUCUGUCUCGAAUGCCGUUUGCAGAGCUUCCGGACGUGUUUACGCGGAUGCCUUAUACGGGGCCACAAUAUCGUAUGGCUGCUACUGCGAUAGCCCGACAUUCCGACCAGUCAUACAAGGGACCAUCGCAGCGAACGGAUUAUACGGUCCCGGUAGUACGAAAUGCUUGCCUACGGCUUUCGUGCCGCGAAGCGCGGCAUCAUGUCGGAUUGACGCGGACUGUGCGCUGAUUCCGUACAGCCGAUGCUCGUUCGACUGGUUCUCAUUCGCCAAUGUCUGCGUGUGCGAUAAAGCCAGUGGUUACGAAACGGUUCUCGUGGAUGUGAGCCCAGAGAAAAGCAGCCCACAUGUGCUGUAUCGUUGUGCAAGAACACAGUGUACUGCGCCACAAUGUUCUUCGUCGACCACGACUACUGUCACUCCAAUGACGACCCCGCAAUCCGGCCAGUGCGAGCCCGGUUAUUCCGUGAUUAACGGGUAUUGUGCGGGGAAUUUUGGAGCACGCUGUUCGAAGCCCAGUGAUUGUCUUCUGGCUGCCAAUUUGGACUGUAUAGCCAAUCAGUGUUUCUGUCGUCGGUACCACGCUCCUGUAAGAUCGCUGCUUCUCGGUGGGAAAAUUGUGGCUUGCAAAGCGGCAUUCGGACAGCCGUGCCAGUAUCUUACGGAUUGCGGCCGACCAUACAUGGUGUGUCACAAAAGCGACCAGUAUGGCAUGGGAGCAUGCGCUUGUCCGGAAGGGCAAGGAUGGGAUACGGGCGGUAGCGCAUGUAUGUCAUAGUCUUCAUGAUGCUUAUGGAUUAUGCUGUACACAA